GGGUAGGAUAUAUAUAUUACGACCCGAACCCUUCAGAGCAGGCAACACUUAACUGAGUGUUACCGUUUCUUCAGGUCUGUCCGUAAAGUUCACUUUCAAUUAUAAUGGAAAUCGAAGUAUUUACAGUAGACGCUUUUACAAACCUUCCGUUCAAAGGGAACCCUGCCGCAAUUUGUCCACUUUUGCAUGAACUUGACGAUGAUGUCUACCAAAAAAUAGCAGCGGAGAUGAACCUGUCAGAGUCGGCUUUUAUCACCAGACUCAACCCUUCAGAUGACUUUACCACAGGGUCUAGGUUCCGCCUCCGCUGGUUCACACCAACCAAUGAGGUGAAUCUAUGUGGACACGCCACCCUGGCCACUGCAGCCGUUCUGUUUCAGUACAAGAAAAAUGUAAAUCCCACAGUGGUGUUUGAGACGAAGAGUGGAGAGCUGUCCGUCACCCGGUGUGGGGAACGCAUUGUGAUGGACUUCCCUCUCAACCCGCCCACCAGGCAGGAUCCCAAUGAGUUCAAGGACUUCCUCAAGGCUGCUGUAGGGAACCUGCCGGUUACGGACGUGUAUCUAAGCCCCAGCACUAAGAAACUCCUUGUUCGAUUGGCCGACACCUGUGAGAGGUCAGCUCUGACCUGUCUGAAGGUGGACCCAGUCGCUCUCCUCUCCAAUGAGAAGAGUGGCAAAGUCAGAGGACUCAUCAUCACCAUGAAAGGAGACCCAGAUUGCCAGCCAGGCUAUGAUUUCUACUCACGCUUCUUCUCUCCAUGGAACGGCAUCUCAGAGGAUCCAGUCACUGGUUCUGCACAUACAGUCUUAGCUUGCUAUUGGGCGGACAAACUGCAAAAGAAGAAAAUGCUUGCCUACCAGUGUUCCAAGCGAGGGGGAGAGCUGGAGCUGGAGGUGAGGGAUGACGGGAGAGUGAACAUAUCUGGACAGGCUGUCUUCGUACUGAAGGGAACCAUGACACUCUAGAACCAUGUUCUGCAAGAUUGGGGUCGGCUGAUAUGCAUUUGGAGGCUGUGGAAUUUAUAAGCUAGAUGUUUGAUAAUUUUUUUAUCCACAAUUUUUUAAAUCUCAUUAAAGAUCAUUAAAACUUG